AUGAUUGGAUGUCACAAGAAAGUUAGACGACGAAUUCUGGAAGCGAUAGUUUCGAUAGGAAAGAUGACAGGAAUCUCACCGUAUGCAUACUCGAACCUUGCUUGCACAGCUGAUCGUCCCUCCUUUUUUGCCGAGUUGGAAGCCAAUGCGUUGUUUCCCCCCUCCUUAGCUUACCCGGUAUAUAUCGACUUUUGGCCAUAUAAAUGUCUUUAG